UUGUAAAAACCGGAUCCAUCUGCGCGUCGCUGCAGGGCGCCGCCGUCCGACCGACAUGCCUUGUUUACGGUGAGGGACGCAGCACUUUACCCCCGCGAGCCUGCACCACGUCUCCGAUUAAACCUCCAUCCUCGGGAUCAUAAAAAGAAGGCCAGACAAGAAGAGAGAGAGACAGACAGAGAGAGAGACAGAGAGAGAGAGAGAGAGCAAGGGGAUGUUGACUCAUCCCUCUGACUCGCUCCCUCAGAUAGUUUGUCCGAUGGAUGAAGAUGAUAUUCCCCCAAACCCUUUCUGUAGUGCACCUCCCCACAGUGAACCUCCACCACCUCUCCUCCCCCUUUUCUCCAUCAUUCCCAGCUGUGCAAACGAUGGACUAUCUGGACACCGGAGGAGCGGAUGUACUCAAGGGGCUCAGACCCCUAAGAAGCAGAGCAACACGGACAGCGGAGCGACUAAGAAUCCGUCCCCCACCAAGAGAAACGGAGAGAGUGGAAGAAUGGUGCAAGUGUCACAGUCCAAGCAGCCGAAAGUCGAAAGCACACAGGAGCAAAACAAGGAUGGAUUUGAUCUUGUGUUCGAGGCAGAGGACCAAAAAACACAAAAGGAGCAGAAAAGCCCCUGGAACGAACCGAUGGUCUCUGCUGCAGAGAAUGUAGUUGAGCAGGUGGCGGACGAUAUCACGCAGAAUCACGACGCUCCUAUAUAUGACGUGGAUUCAUGCGGGGGCUUGGCUGUUGGACGCGCCGCUGAAAUUGCCUCGGCCCCAAAGGGAUGGGUGAUCGGCCCGUUGUUCCAGUCGCUCAAGUCGAAGAUGGCCUGUUUCACAGACAUCGUCAUGAGUCCCGUUAAACUCUUCAGAGCGAACAGUCCCCCGCUGUCCGUGGACGACGCGGACAAACUCGCUGAAUGUGAGCCACAGGCUGACGGAACAUCUGAAGUUGAGCUGAGUAAUAUGUUUCAGCCAAUAGGACAGGGGGAGAUUGGGAAUCAGGAGGCUGAAGGUAAUCGUCAAAGGCUCAGCGAUGUAGAAGUUGCAGAAAACGCAACAAACGGUGCUGUUAAAUAUUCUAGAAGAUUAGCGUUUGACUUGGACUUGUCAACACACCGCUUGGACGAGGCGGACGAAUGUGCAAUAACUGGGACAGAAAAAAACUCUGAUUCUGUGCCUUUGCGAGACAUUCCUGAACCCUGCAUUGUCCCAAAACAAGUUUCAGAAUGUGUUGAGUCAGUUGUUAAGAAUUCUUUACUGUCGCAGACCUCCGCAAGUUUAAGUGCCUCGCUGGAAUCCAGCUUGAAGAUGUCCAGCGCAGCGGAGGAGCAACGCGAGCAGGCCGUCCGGCCGAAACCACUGCUGAGGAAGCGUACAGGAACGAGGUCUGAAUUAAAGAAAGUCAUCUCUGACGAGCAGCUUUGGAAACCAAUCAAAUCAAAUGAAGCUGACUCGAGAGAUUCUGACAAGACUGAAUUGAUAUCUUCCUCAGACUGUAACACUCAGUUUGACACCAACGGUUUUCAGCCUGGGGAUGAUGACGCUGAUAAUGUCAGGAACGGGGAAACUUGUGGCUCGGUGAGACAAAACAUCUGGAAUAACUUGAAUGACAACGGACGGACACUGAAUUCCACUUUGGAUACUCUGUGGCUGGAGAGUCCGCCAAACCCCGACGCUUGUUCAGCGGCAGGUCCUGUGAAGUCAAAGAGGGGCCUGAAAGUGACAGGUCAUUCUCAAGAACUGGGGAAGAGGAAAAAGCUGAAAGGUGAUGUAUGCACAGAGGAAACAAAGACCAGAGAGUUAUUAAACGUGGCUUCUUCAGAUAGCGGCGUAUCGAGAGGGCUUAGACCACCGAGAAAGGAAGCUGUGUUGACGAAUACCGGCGAAGAAACACCGAAGCCUCCCAGAAAAAGACCGGCUGUAUCAACAAGAGCAAAUAGGAAAGCGAAAGUUGAACAAGAAACCCUUCCUACGAUAAGCGAAGCCACGGUGAACGAACAGACUGAAAGUUUCCCUGAUGCCACGUUGGUUUGCUCACUGGUCAAAAGCAGAGGAUUGUUGGAGAACAACCAGAAGGGCGGCGGCAAGACGAAGCCCAGUGGUUCGACUAAAAGACUCAAAACAAGGACGGGUUUACCUGAAGUAAACAUUGACAGUAUGGAUCUGGAAACCACCGUGGCAAUAACCUCGAGUAGAGACGUCCAGCAGGAGCCGCUGUCAGACGUUCCCGUCCAACCUGAUAAUAAAAAGCAGCUCCAGAGCACAAGCAAGUGCAAGAACAUUAACAAGAAGCCACUAAAGCGUAAAUCGCCAGUCCAGGCGAGUUCAACGACGGAAACGGGCGCCACUUUGACGGUUUCCUCCCCGUCAGAGCGAUCCGCGGCGUCCUCGGAACUCGCGCUCGUAGAUUGUAAAACCUCUCCGCCCGUUCAAAGGGAGGAGGACAUGAAAACUUUGGCGACCCAGCCGUCCAAGAGACCCAAGAAGGGUUGUAGAGGUGCUGUCAAGUCUUCAGAGUCCGGUGAGAAUCUGGAGACGAAGCGAUGUGUCGAUAACCUUCAUUCGACGACCAAAGAAAGACAGUCUGGAGAAGGUCAAAGCACAACGGACCCUGUGUAUUUUGAAAUGACACCUUUUGGUAGUAAUGGCCAAUCGGUUCCUUCGCCGUCCCAGUCUCACGUACAAUUAAAUAAUGAAGUCACAGGUGAGAAAGAGGCGGACAAGGUAUUUCCCACUGCCAGUGAAGCGGCUAACCACGGCAGCGUCUCGAGGUUAAGGUCGAGUGCGAGGAAAGUUAACAUCAAGCCGAGGAGGGCGGACAACCGGAGGAGACGGUGCAUAGUUUUGCACAGUCGGAUGCUUAAAGGUGACGAAAUGAUGACGGACUCGAUGGAGGACGCAGAUCUGCCCACGGCGGCUACUCGCUCACCAGCAGAGGAUUUUUCGAGGCGCCUCUUGCGCAGCUACUCGUGCCCAGAGAUCCCCUCGCUCCGUCUCCACGACGCGCCCUGGACAUCUUCUUCUCUUCAUUCCCCGCAGCACAGCAGGACCCACACGUCCCACCAACGCCAGUCCGUCCACACUCCCCUCGUCCCUCACGCCUACAAGUCCGCUCGGCGAGCUCGCCGACACACGCUCUCCAGCGUGGAGGUGGAGCGGGAGAUCGCUCCCCUGUGCCUGCGCAAGGAAGUGUACCCGUCCAGGAGGUCCGCCCCGUGCGACGGCUUGGGCCACUUUCCCAGUCUCCCACUGUCUCCCGGCACCUCCCUCUCGGCUCUGGCGUCCUGUUUCCUCUCAAGUCCCCUGGCUUUCCUCUCCAAGAAGGUCGAUGGCAGAGGGGUCGCGGUGAGCCCCAGCACUUCCACUCAUGUUUCCUCCUCCUCCUCCUCCUCCUCUUCUUCAUCCCCGUUGAGCUCCUCCACGUGGCACCUGUCAGGAUUCCUCCAAAGAAGCGAUUCCUCUCACGCCAGCUCGGAUUCUGGUAUCAGUGGGAAUCCCUCGGAGAGUGACACCCAGAGGAGGCAACAGAGCGAGGGGGAGGAGGAUGAGGAAGACACAAGCUCGUCCAGUCAGGAGUAUGAAGACGUUGCGUUGAGAGAGGAAAAGGCUCUGUCCGACUCAGAAAUCAAGGUGGUGCAACAACACGAGAAACGUGGGAAGGUGUCGUCUAUCAGAAUUCGUAAAACUUUACCCAAACCUCAGAACAACCUUACUCCAAUGGGCCUGCCCAAACCAAUCAGGCUGAAAAAGAAGGAGUUCAGUCUGGAAGAAAUUUACACUAAUAAGAAUUUCAGCAAACCCCCUGAAAGCCGUCUGGAGACCAUAUUCGAGGUCCCUCUCAACCGCCGCAACGGUUCCGAGUCCUGGUUCGGCCUGAGGCGCAUCAAGCGAUUCUUAGAGUUCCUGGAGGUGGGCGAGGUCAGGAAGCCCAAGAAGCCGCUCGUCGGCGUCGGGAAGGCGGGGAUGUCGUCCUCUCGGACUCGACGGGGAGGCUACAGUAAAGACGAAGCGUCCCAGGACGUGGACUCGCUGCUCUGUGCCAAACUGGAUCAGCUGAAUCUGUGGCUGAUGCACGAUCAGUUGAUCAGAUCGUGAUCAGAUCUGACGGUUGACGGACAGCUCUUAAAUGAUGAUCAUUCUGAAGCCACUUAAAAAAAAUCACUGUAGUGCUGUUCAUAACUGUUCCUUAUGUAAACCUGGAGAUUCACAUGUGAGUCUUCCGGCCGGCGCUCUUUUUUUUGUGUUCAGCACUAUUGGUGUAUAAAUGUUGGUGAUGACAAGUUCUUAUUGAAGAACAUUUGCAGCCUGCAAGUUGAAGAACAAAACAUCAUAACGCCAUAAAUGUAUUUUAUCCUCGAAGUGAGUCAGACACAUCAUCAGCAUUAUAGCACUCAAUCUCCUGCUGUCCAUUUUUUUCCCAGCAGCUUUGUUAAAUCUCAGACAUCUACAUCUCAUAUCUGAUCUGAUUUGAAAGGAAGCAGGGUAUUAAAGAAGUGGAAGUUGCAGCAUCAUUGUUAGUUAUUUGUUAUAUAAGGCAGCUAUUUUUUUGUUGUUUUUAAAGUAAACAUAACUUUUAAACAUGCCGGCAGGAGAUUUUCAAGUUUCUUUUCAUAAAGGUUAGUGCAUCUCCGAACGGCACGGAGCGAUGAAUCCUUCUAUUCAUCUCAGGACGGACCCCUGUUCAAUCCCCAUGUGUCACUCCAGAGAGCAUUUAUAGUCAAAGAGAGGAAGUGUCCAGAUUCCACUCUGUCUUUUUAUUACCUGUGGUUCUCUGGAUUGUUUCUGGUGUCUAUAUACAUAUUGCAAAUAUAACUUCUUGACAAACUGCC